CUGAACACGCCAGACCUCUCCAUCGCCCGCGGCCUCGGGCUGGCAGUGACUGGGGCUGUGCAGACAGCUUGUCCCCAGGCAAGGACUUCGCUCCCGCCAGCUCGCCGUCCCUGAGGUCCCCGUCCCAGUGAUACGGUGGGACCAUGGAGACAUCCAUCCCCGUGGGAGGUACCACGGCGGCCCUCCUCUGCUGCUGCCUCCUGAGCUCUGCGUGGGCUUUGGUCGACCCUGAUGAUGUUCUCACAAAAGAAGAGCAGAUCUAUCUCCUGGUGGAAGCUAAGGAGAAAUGUCAGAGAGACAUAAAAGCCCAACUGGAGAAGAUCAAAGACACCAGCUGCCUCCCCGAGUGGGACGGGAUCAUCUGCUGGCCCAAGGGCUCCCCCAGCCAGGAGGUGUCGGUGCCCUGCCCUGACUACAUCUAUGACUUCAACCAUAACGGUCAUGCCUACAGGUACUGCAGCGCCUCCGGGACCUGGGCCACGGCCCUCAGCAUCAACAGGACCUGGGCCAAUUACACCGAGUGUGCUCUGCUCUUCUCCUCCGAGAGCCGGAGCCGUGAGAAGGCGGUGUUUGACCGCCUGCACCUGAUGUACACCAUCGGCUACUCCAUCUCCCUGGCCUCCCUCAUUGUCGCCGUCUGCAUCCUCUCGUACUUCAAGCGCCUGCACUGCACGCGCAACUACAUCCACGUCCACCUCUUCACCUCCUUCAUCUGCCGGGCGGCUAGCAUCUUCGUGAAGGACAUGGUGCUCUACUCGGGCACGCUGGCCAGCACGGCUGAGAAGAUGCGGGAGGAUGACUUCAAGGCAGAAAUGGGUCCCUCACCAGGACAACGGAGCCACCUGGUUGGCUGCAAGGUGGUGGUGACGCUCUUCCUCUAUUUUCUGGCCACCAACCACUACUGGAUCCUGGUGGAAGGUCUCUACCUGCACAGCCUGAUCUUCAUGGCCUACCUCUCCAACAAGAACUACCUGUGGCUCCUCAUCAUCAUUGGCUGGGGUCUCCCCGCCGUGUUUGUGUCUGUCUGGGCCAGCGUCAGGGCCUCCCUGGCAGAUACACAGUGCUGGGACCUCAGCGCAGGGAAUGUGAAGUGGAUUUAUCAGGUCCCCAUCUUGGCCGCCAUUGUGGUGAACUUCUUCCUCUUCCUCAACAUCAUCCGGGUGCUGGCUGCCAAGCUCUGGGAGACGAACACGGGGAAGCUGGACCCCCGGCAGCAGUACAGGAAGCUGCUGAAGUCCACACUGGUGCUGAUGCCGCUUUUUGGAGUCCAUUACGUGGUGUUCAUGGCCAUGCCCUACACCGAGGUCUCCGGGGUCCUGUGGCAGAUCCAGAUGCAUUAUGAGAUGCUCUUUAACUCCUCUCAGGGUUUCUUUGUGGCUUUCAUCUACUGCUUCUGCAAUGGGGAGGUGCAGGCGGAGAUUAAGAAAGCCCACUUUCGCAGAAGCCUGGCCCUGGACUUCAAGCAGAAGGCGCGUGCCAACGGUGCGGCAGGGAGCUGCUGCUACGCUGGGCUGGCCUCCCACGCCACCGCCAGCAUCAGCACGAGCCUUGCCGGGCGAGGGGCAGGGAGCACACAGCAGCGGGGGCUGCUGCCCCCCGCCCGGGCCAGCCUGCCCGGCUACAUCCCUGGCUCCUUUGCCUCAGGUCAUUUUUUGCCCUGUCUGACCCAGGAGAUGAGCCAGAAAACCUGUGGGGAAAACACAGGCGACUUCACAGACCUGAACCAGCGUCACCCCAACCUAAAGAGCGAGCUGGAGACCACGCUAUAAAGUGAAAGGCAGGUUUCCCGGCGGGAUACCCAGCUGUGUCUGGAAAGAUGCUGCUUGUCACACUUUGGGCUCCUUUGACGCUUGCAUGGACAGCUGGGGUUGGGGACAGUCACUGGGCCACUGCAGCUCCUGCUCCCUCACAGCCGCUGUGCAAAGGGACCACGUGCUCUCGCCCCUUCUACCACCCGGCCGAGCAGCCAGCUCCACACCUCAUUUCCUUCCACACACGUGCGAGCGAUGCCUGUGCAUGCAAGGCCUGGAAUCAUCACCAGGAAGGAAUCCUCCCUGCUCAGUCUCGCCUCCGAAGUCUGGAAAGCGACUCAGCUCCAGCGCUACGAACUGUGCUGUGCCUGGGGCUGGCAGAGCACGCGCUGCCCACAGAGCUGCCCUGCAGCUCACCCUGCCCUUGCACCUUCGUGCAGCUCAUGGAUAUUGCGAAGCCCAACGUGCAGCGCCCAGCCACAAGCAGGGAGCGCGAGACACUGGGACACGACGGGCUCAGGGAGGCAGGCCGAGCUUUAGAGCUCAGGAAGGGCGCAGCAAAGGCCUGGGUCCCCCCUGCUUUACAGCACGGUUGGCCAUAAUGUACAGUGCUGCAUGCAAGUCUUGGCCCUGUAACCCUUCUGCAGGCUAAAAAGUGAAUAAAGAGAGAGUCUGGCUUGUUUCCAUCCUUGAACUCCGUUAGGGAUGCAAUCAGUUGCUGGAGGGCAGCAGAAGGUGAAAAGGGCUGGAAAUCCAGCCUUGAUCACAGCUCACUGCCGGGGACCAGGCAGCCCCAGGCCCCCCCUGCCCACGCUGCCACAUGUGUGCUGCCUGGGAAUGCUCGUCACCCUGACGGAAAAGACAUUCCCAAAGAGCUUGCCAUGCCCAGCCCAGACAAUCCAGCCAGACCACAGGGGAGGGGAGAAUUGCUGCAUCGUUGGGAGAUGAGGUGUAUGUGCCAGUUAAAAUCAAACAGCAUGGUGGUGGUAAGAUGUAGAAUUUUUUUUCCUACCUGCUUUAAAUGAGACACAAUCCCUCAAGGCAGUAACUUCAUGAUAAAGACAGUGACAGCAAACGUGCAAAUAAUUUUGUGCAUUCACAGAUCUUCCAGUGAAGAGCUAAGACACCAAAGGAGUCACAGGGAUUAGGAAGUGCUGGAGGGACAGCCAGCCAGAAGGCACAUCAGAGAAGGGAAAGGCUCCAGCAUCCAUAUUCUUUAAAUGGUCCA